AGCACAUGAAGACAGUAAUGUGAUCUGAGUUGAGUGACAGGACCCCUAUUUUUCUUUUUUUUUGUACAGAGGUUUGACAGAGCUAUAUAAGAGGCCGAGGCUCCGGCUGCAGGCAGAAGAGACAGACAGAGAGAGACACUGACCAUCACAGCAGAAGACCAGUGGACUUAACUCUUCAUACAGUUACUCACAGCGCUAUUAAACUACUGAGAAGAAUGGGACUGCACAGCGUCGAGGAACUGGUGUCCGGUAAGAGGUCAGAGGGCAAAGAGGCCGACGACUUCCAAGGGGGCGUGUACGAGGCGGCUGUCAAUCAAGAGAAGCAGGAUGACCGCAGGUCCCACAGGGAGCAGGUGGACGGAGGUCUGUCAGAGGAGAGUGACAGUGGCAACGAACAGGAGCAAGUUAGUGUUGCAGCUCUCCAUACGGAUAAAUGCGGCAGGCUGAGGUUGGAGACAGUUGAUGACCUGUUCAACAUCCUGCAGCUGAGGAAGAGGAGGAGGGAGAGGAAGGCUCCCAUCCACAAGAAACAGCAGCCAGAGCCUGAGAGCGUGCCAGAGACUGUGGAUGAUGAGAUGUUUCUGACAGCAGCCAUGGAGAACAAACUGCCUGUGGUGGAGAAGUACCUGACUGAUGGAGGAAACCCCAAUGCAGCCGACCACUUCCAGAGAACUGCUCUGCACAAAGCCUCGUUCAAAGGACACGUGGAGGUCAUGAAAAGACUCCUGGAGGCUGGCGCUGCCAUCGAGAAAAAAGACAAGCUGGACGCCACAGCAAUCCACUGGGCCUGCAGAGGAGGCAGCCUGCCGGCCCUGCAGCUCCUCCUCGACCAGGGAGCCGAGUUCACCUGCAGAGACAAGUUGCACAGCACUCCUCUUCAUGUCGCUGUGCGGACAGGACACUGCGAGUGUGCUGAGCAUCUCAUUCACUGUGGAGCGGACGUCAACGCCAAAGACAGAGACGGAGACACGCCCAUGCACGAUGCUGUGAGAAUAAACAGAUUCAAGAUGAUAAAGCUGUUGAUGAUGUAUGGGGCCAGUCUCAACACCAAGAAUUGUGAUGGAAAAACUCCACUGGAGACACUGUCUUCGUGGCAGAACGGAGCCAAGAGCCUCCUGUGCAACUUCAGCCAGGAAAAGCCCAACCAGUAGAACCCAACACAUUCCACUAAAAGCAGUAAUUCAACAUGAGACUCCAAAGGAUCUGUGUUUUUCCAGCGAGGCUGUGGCAAGUGCUCACGUCACAUUCAAACAGUCCCACGUUUUGACUGACAGAUGUUUAUGCCCUCAGGAAGCAACCGCAUUAUUAAAUCUGAAGUUGGCACAGUAGUGCUGGCAGAUAUCUUAACUAGGUCAUUCAAUACUUAUCACCCGGUUCAGCAUUUUGAAGGUUACCAGCAGAGCUACAUUUCUCAUGUUACAUGUUCAUGCAUCUUACAUUCAGAUGCACAGCAGGAACCUGAAGAAGACUUUGAUCAACAAUGUGAAAUCUAAUCAGGUUGUUAAUAAUGUGAUAAUUAGCAGCGAUAGAUUAAUUGUUCGCCAAAUAUUGCUGGACAAUGUCUCGGCUGACAACAUGAAGAUGUUUUCUUAAUUUUGAAUUUAAGCUGAGUUGAAGUCAGCGAUACUGCUUCGAGAAGAUGACGUAUUUAUUGAUUAAUGACAACUGUCAGCAAUCAACCUAUUGGCUUUGAUUGAUUUAUAUCAAUAUCAUACACUUAAUAACCAAGUGACUGUCUAGAGUUAUACUGUAGUUAGAUCUUUUGAAAAUUUGUCACGGUUAGACUUUAGACUUUAUUUAUUUAACCUGGUGAACAUUUUCCUCACAGUUCCAUUGGAUCAACAGUCCGUGGAUCGAUCCAAGUGUAAAACUGAAGUUAUGUAUUUGUAUAAAAUGACUCCAGCUCAGUGUGAAAUGACUGAGCCUCACCUUGCUGGCAGAUUUUGUGUUAUACUUAAACAUUCAGACGAGUUUAACCAAGUUAUUUGGUCUUAUGCAUUUUAAGAUUGAGAGAUGUGACAGGAUGAAGAAAGUUUUUGGAUUAGGAUGAAAAGAACCUCUCCACUUACUCUCUCGAGACACGCGCAAAUACCUAUACUGGCCUUUUCUCCUGCAGCAACAUCAUAAGUAAGCUGUAAGUUAAACAAACAAGGGUGCUUGAUAUUCACACAUUUCCACAUAAAGUCAAGUCAAGUUAUUUUGACUCAUCUUAAUCUUGGCUGUAAUUUUGUUACUUUUUUUCUCCUUUCAAACAACCCUCUUACUCAACCCACAACAUUGAUUCGGCAUUUGUUUGGAGGUUUAGUCUCGACAACCUUCAGACAAAAGUUUAUCUUUUUCAGAUUUUCUCCUACCAGAGCUAAUUUUGAGCAUCUGGGGCCCAUAUACCUUAUUGAAGGUCACCUCAGUGAUACAAAUGCUUCAAAUUACCCUAGCUGACAUCCCAGCUGCUGGCCCAUUUUGUCACACAUACACACACACACAGACACACACACACACACAGACACACACAGAGUGCGAGAGGGAAGAAGCUGAAAAGUUCAGUUCUGAAAAGGUUCAGAGGAUGUUUGACAAGUGUUUAUGUGGAUGAAACAGGUCUUGAUAUAUGACUGGAAAUAAGAUUUAUUUUUUAUUGUCAAAGAUGGAUGUGCAUUUUGCCUUGUAUUUAUGGAGUGUUUAAA